CAUUCAAUUAAUCAAACAAAAAAAGAACUUGUUCAGUAUUUUCGAAAUAAGGAGCGAGUAAUAGCAUCUAAUGUAAAAAAUAAAGUAAUAUAUACUGGAUCUGACGAAGAAGCUUAUGCAGAAAUUUUACGCCAGUAUAAAGUUAGGGGGGAUAUUAUUUUUUUCCCAACUGAACAGCAAACUGCUGAAAAAGAUCCGUUUAGACCAAGUGAGCUUCCAAGAUCGAAACAUGCUGUCAAUUUAUUAAGUGUAGAGUUUAAUGAAGCAAAUAAUCAAGUGGUUAUAGAAAAUGAACAUUUAAAUAGUGCACUGUGUUCACGAAAUGAGGAUAUUAAUUCACUUACUCUGAAUGAUAACAUUAAUCUCGAUGAUUCUAAAAAAUCAAGUGAUUCGCAUACUUUAACCCAUAAUUAUUAUAAUCAAGAGACAAUUUUUGUACAAAAUGAAGAAAUUUCAGAAUCUCAAUUCACUUCUUUUAUUCAACCCAAAUCAAAUAAUCCAUUGGUCCCGAUUAUAGAAAACAAGAAUAUGCCGCAUUCUAUUGAAAAACGUCAAACCAAAAGAGUACGAAAUAAUAAGCGCAAAAUUAAAUUAGAUUCAAGUUUGCACGAUAAUGAAAAUGUUCCGCCACCAAGAAGAAGAAGAAUUGAAAAACCUGCCUUGGAAGAACUUUUUGAAGAACAAGGCAUUAGCUGGAAUCGGAAGGAAUUUGUUAAAGAAUGUCAGUCUCGAAAUAUUUGCCUGGAUGAUGAUGAUAUUAUUAAUACAACCAAAUUAAUUAGCUGGUUCGAUCGUAAAAAAAACAAAGCUAAAUCUUUAGUAACA